AUGGCCGACGACAUGAGCGACAACAUGAGCGACGCAGUCGCAGAGAUGUACGCCGAGCGAGACGCAGACAACAAGAUUAUCCAAGGAGUAGCCGCUGGUAUGAACGGUGCUCGCUUCGCUCCAGAACUUAGAGAGAUGGUUUGGGAGCUGUGUCUUCCCAUCCUCUCUAUCAAACCUCUUGAGGAGCCCUUGGAUCGAAACAUGUCUCUAUGUGCUGUUGCCUCAUACAAGGGAAACCCCGGCUAUGUACAGAAAUAAUUGGUCUCUUUUCCUCGUGAUCGUGAAGUGCCCGGUUUUGAGGACCUUUUUGGCGCUUCUGGAGCAGACAUAGCAGCAGUACCACCACCAGAACUCCAGGCCCAGCUCGCAGCCGUCAUCCGCUCCCUGUGCGAGGUGAAAAUAACUACAUUCUUCUUCACCUGCACUAUUGUCAAAUAUGAUACAAGUAUGUACUAG